AGCCGAGCACUCGCACUCUCUUCUCCCAAAGUCCAAACCAUCUCAAGUCGUCUCGUCUCCGCCUCUCCGGCCUCGCCCUCUCCGCAUCUCGGCCACGCGACGCGACUAUGGCGGCGGCGCUGGGCCGGCGGUUCGGGGUGGCUUCGGCGGCGGCGGCUCUCAUCGCCCUCGCGGCGUUCGGAUCCGCCUCGGGGACCGCGUCCAAGUCGGCCUUCGUGAAAUCCACCGUCAAGGCCCACGACGUGGUCAUCUUCUCCAAAUCGUACUGCCCGUACUGUAGAAGGGCCAAAGCUGUGUUCAAGGAACUUGAACUGAAGAAUGAGCCCUAUGUCGUGGAGCUUGAUCAGCGAGAGGAUGGUUGGGAGAUUCAGGAUGCUUUAUCUAACCUGGUUGGCAGGCGUACUGUUCCUCAAGUUUUUGUCCAUGGGAAGCACCUGGGAGGCUCUGAUGAUAUUGUUGAAGCUUAUGAGAGUGGCAAGCUGGCCAAACUUUUGAACAUUGAUGUCAAAGACGAUCUUUGAGCAGUAAGUUUAGCAUCAAUAGCAGGCCUCUUUCAUUUCCAUAGAACAUAUCCGAUACUAUGCAACUAUGAAUACACACUUUCAUAGAAUCUGUCAGUGAAUGUACUGCUUAGUAGACUCUUUUUAAAUGUACCCUGUGACAAUAACUUCACAUAUCUCACAAUUGUUUUCUGCAUUGAGCGUCAUAGUUGAUUGCAUCGCAAGCAGCA